AUGGCCGUCUCAGACCUUGGAGCUGUCUUGGAUUUCUUUAAGAAGAAUAGAUUCUCUGAUGCGGAAUCCGCUCUCAGAGAUGAUAUCGUCGAGAGACGAGACUUGAGUUCUUUUGAUUUCGAGAGAGGUCUAACAAAUCCAUAUGCUGUUUGGCCUGAAGUUGGACUUAAAUCGGAAGCUUCAUCCGAUAGACUCUCUGAAUUCGGUACUGCCCGUGAUUACUAUGUGGCUGAUAUUCUAUAUGAUACCUAUUGGUACAGCGAGAAAGAUGGGGGCUACCAUAAAAAUUCCUCCUUCAGAGGGCAGGACUUCUUUAGUUAUCCAAGUGAGAACAAGUUCGUUACUACUUCAGAGUCAGAGAAGCAUCGUGAUAGACUGUUCGGCCUAGAUUUUGCAGCAGAAGGAUUUCAUUCGGUGACUAGUAUCAAUCGCUUAGACAAUGCGUGCCUUAAUGAUGCACCCAUGGACAAUGGUGUUCCAGUUACUGAGAGUUACCAAUGGAAUGAGAAUGUCCAACAGGAUCAUGUAGUUGAAGCAGGAUUCGAGGAUCGGACUGAUUGUUUGGGAGAAAAGGGCUAUUUUCAUGGGGACUGUGAGGAUUAUAACCAGAUGAAGAGCUUGAAAGAUCCUGAGCUGAAAGCUAUUCAUUUAACGCUUGCACCUGAAUGCACUUUUGAUCGUGAUUCUGAUUCAAACCGCAAAAUCAAUGGAAGUUCCAAUCAUUCUAUACGUAAGUGUUCUACAGAUAAUAUGGAUGUGAAGUUUUGUAAAGAUGCCAACUUACAGCUUCAAGCUUCAGAAAAUGCAUGUCAACCGUAUGGAGACAAUCUUUAUGUGAUAGGAGAUGGCAGAAAAAUGAUUGAUGCGAGUGAUGAAUCCGGAAUUGCAGGGGAUGGUGAGGAUUGUGCUACUCCAAAUGAGCAUCCAGACUUUGAUGUUGACAAGGAUGAAUAUGAGUUAUUUGACCUAAGAAUUGUACAUAGGAAAAACAGGACUGGAUUUGAAGUAAGCAAAGAUCUGCCAAUUGUUCUGAAUACCAUCGUAGCUGGCAGAUACUAUGUCACAGAAUACCUUGGUUCUGCUGCUUUCAGCAAAGUUGUUCAAGCACAUGACCUCCACACUCGGGUGGAUGUUUGUUUGAAAAUAAUAAAAAAUGAUAAGGAUUUUUUUUACCAAAGUUUGGAUGAGAUCAAGAUUCUGAAGUUUGUGAACAAGCAUGACCCUCCGGAUUAACACCACAUCUUACGCCUGUAUGACUAUUUCUAUCAUCAGGAGCAUCUAUUCAUCCUUUGCGAGCUCCUACGAGCAAAUCUAUACGAAUUUCAGAAAUAUAAUCAGGAAACUGGCAGCGAGGUUUUUUUUACAUUGCGCAGAUUGCAGAUCAUAACUCUACAAUGUUUGGAGGCGUUAAACUACUUGCAUGGGUUGGGAAUUAUCCAUUGUGAUCUGAAUCCUGAGAAUAUUCUAAUCGAAAGUUACAGCAGAUAUGAAAUAAAGAUCAUUGAUCUUGGGAGUAGUUGCUUUCAAACAGAUAACUUAAGCUUAUAUGUACAAUCUCGAUCCUAUAGGGCUCCUGAAGUUAUCCUAGGCCACCCAUCUGAUCAGAGGAUUGACAUUUGGUCUCUUGGUUGUGUCUUGGCUGAACUAUGCUCUGGGAACAUGCUUUUUCCAAAUGAUGCACUGGUAAUAAUACUUUCUCGCAUGAUUGGGAUGCUUGGUCCUAUUGUUAUGGAAAUGCUGGUCAGGGGCAUAGUUUUUAAGGUGGUAAGGUGA